UAGAGAAAAAGGAGUAGCUUUAACACUAUCGCUAAAAAGCAUCUCGUAAUAAUUGUGGAGCUACAGAAUAUGCACGCAAAGCACACAGAAUAGUACGAAGCAUUGACGAUAGGUCGGUUGUCUUAGCAAGAAUGUGCAGACAGCGACUGUUGCCGCCACUACUUGUAAAUUUAAGGACAGUGCCUAUGCCGUCAACGCUUGUGAAUGAUUGUAGUGAUCUCUCAUGACGAUAGCAGCGAAUAUUUUUGAAGCUGUUCGGUCCGACCCCAUGUGGCCCAACAGCCUGGCGGCCGGGUGCAACCCGGAUGGCGACCUGGCGUUCCCGCCGUUCAGCAGCCCCUGCGGCUCGGGCUCGAGCGCCACCAGCAUGGCCUACCUCAAGAGCUCGCCCUACUCCGUCAACGGCAUCGGCCUGCCCAUGCCAUCCAUGGACUCGCUGCAUUCCAGCAUGGGCUACCCCUCCGCUGCCAACCCUCGGAAGCAGCGCAGGGAGCGCACGACGUUCACGCGCGCCCAGCUGGACGUUCUGGAGGCGCUGUUCGCCAAGACGCGCUACCCGGACAUCUUCAUGAGGGAGGAGGUCGCCCUGAAGAUCAACCUCCCAGAGUCCAGGGUACAGGUGUGGUUCAAAAACCGGCGCGCCAAAUGCCGGCAGCAGCAGAAGCAGCAGCACCAGCAGCAGCAACAGAACGGCGGUGAUAAGGGCGGCGGAGGCGGCGGUACGGGCGGCGGCCGCUCGGGCGGGGGCGGCGCGGCCAAGGCCGGCAAGGCGGCGUGCGGGGGCGGCGCCAGCAACAAGUCGCCGUCGCCCGGGUCGGCGGCGGGGCCGGGCGCGGUGCAGCAGGCCCCGCAGCCGCCGGGGGCGGUGGUGGUGUCGCCGCAGACGACGAGCGACGGCUCGGCCACCAGCUCGCCCAGCGUGGCGGCGGCGCGCGACUCGCCCGGCGCCGGCGCCUACAUCAAGCCGCUGCAGCUGUCCGCGUCGCCCCCGGGGGGCGGCUACAACCCGGCCGCCAUCUGGAGUCCCGCCGCUAUCGACUCCUGCCUGGACCAGCCGCACCACCACCGCCCGGCCGUCCCGGCGCCACCCCCGCCGCCUCCGCAGCAACCUUACGCCACCCCUGGCGCCACCACCGCGGGCACCGGCGCGGGUUCUGCCGCCGCCCAGGCCGCUAACUGCUACCCGCACCAAAACUAUGGCGCGUACUACACCAACAUGGACUACCUCAGCCCGGUAGCGAUGUCUCACUCGCAGCUAAACGUGCCGGAAAAUUCCUUAGAGACUUCUUGGGCAAAAAGCAGAGAAGAAUCUUGGUUUUAUAAUUCAUCUGGCUGGGACAGAAAAUGAGAUUUGUUGUUCACAGUUAGUCUAGUUCCAAGAUGACCUCAGUAUACACAAAACCAAGGUGACCUCUUCCACACCUGGCAGCAUGGAAAUGACCUGUAGGCAUUGCCAGGAAUCAUCAUAGGAUUCAGAGACAAUACAGUCCAUUGUGGCCAGUUUUUGGGGCAAAUAGUUCAUAAUUAUGAAGUUGGCAAAAGUGAUUUGAAAUUAAAAAGAAUUGGAGUUAUUUAAACAUCUUUGUCAAUAACUUGUACAGGUUGCCUCACACAGAAAAUUGUUUUUUUCUUGUUUUUUAAAACAUGUAUCACAACACUGUCACCGUAAAGUUAUUUUUACAUAAGCUCAAAAAUAAAUGUAAUGAGUCUACUAUUACUGGAAACACUGUGAUAUGUCAAAGACUUGCCACUUUUUCCUCUACGCAAGGUAAUAAAUGAAGAAAUGUCAUUUACUUUGACCUAAAUGUCAGGAUGAACAAUUUGAAAAUUAUUUCCCUAACUGUUUCAGUGUCUUAAAUGUUGUAAUUUUACUAUCAAUUUUCAAAUAGCUUAUCUUAUUACCUUAGCUUUUUUUCAUUUGGGAUGCUGAUUUGUGUCCACUUAAUUUCAAGGUGUAUAUUUACAUACAUAUCAUUCUUACAGUAUUCUUCCAAGCCUUUUUAUGGAAAAAGUACAAAAUAUUUUCUUGUAUAUAACAGAAGUGCUGCCCACACACACACACACACACACACACACACACACACACACACACACACACACACACACACACAAACUAUUAAACUGUUUGGUGGGGAGUGACAGUGAGUACCUUAGGUUUAGGCCAGGGAGGUUACGGGAGCAAAGUACAUGUUGUAAGAAUAGCUCCCAUCUGUGCAGCUCAGGAAAGCUGAUGAUGGUGGGGAGGAUUCAGAUGGCACAGGUUGUGAAGCAGCCACUGACAUCUUGCAUGUUGUGCUCUGCUGCAUGUUGUGUCACUGGGUGUUCUACUUUGUUUUUGGCAGCAGUUUGGUGUUGGCCAUUCAUUCUAGAUGACAGCUGGUUGAUUGUAAUACCAACAUAAAAUGCUGUGCAGUGGUUGCAGCAGAGCUGGUACACAAUAUGGCUGCUUUCACAGGUGGUCCAGCCUCUGAUGGGGUAGAAUAAGUCUGUGAUGGGACUGGAGUAGGAGCUGCUUCACAAACCAUGCCAUCUGUAUCCUCCACACCACCACCAGCUUUUCUGAGCUGCAUGGGUGGGAGCUAUCCUUACAGCCCAUCCUCCGCCUCUGUAACCUCACUGGCCUAAACCUCAGGUAAUUCACUGUCCUUCCACUGCCCACCCAAUAGUGUGUGUGUGUGUGUGUGUACAUACACCAUUCCCUGUCCCAGUACUCCCAUCCAAUACGUAUCAGCUAGUUGUGUGCUGCAGUUCGCCAUCUCUCACCCUAGUCUGUGAAACUGUGUUCCCUGCCAUCUGCCAUCUGCCCCCUCUACCUAUAACCCUAGCUAGCCUACAGAUGGCUCCUCAAUUUCCCACAAGCUGCUAGACACUUACCCCCAACCACCUCCCUGCCUCCUGCCUCUCUCCAUCCCUCACCCCACUCCAACUUGUACUCCCCAACCCCCACCUCACCCUAGUACACAUCAUGGGCCAAGAAAGAGCUGGCAGUCGACUGAGACAGGCAUGUGCAAAUGAGUACUGGUGAUCUUCACCAAGAAUAAAGAGCAGCUAGAAGAAUGGGCAUGCCAUUCUCUCCCUCCAAGUACUGCGACAAAGAAAGGUCACACUAUACUCACAGUGAGGCCAAUAGUCCAAUCACAGGCUGUGCACCAUAGACUUUACUGUUUCUUUUUCCUUCUGUGCAGUUGUGAUACAAACACGCAAGUUUUCAGGUUGCACUGUGAUUACUUCUGGUUUCUGUAUUUCAACACAUAUGUGCAUAAUACAAUAUAACUAAGGUGAAAGUGCAAAACUUACAUAAUUAAGUUUGAGAAGAAGGAGGUACGUACUGGCAGAACUGAAGCUUUGAGGUCAGGUCAUGAGUUGUAGAGGGAUAGCUCAAUUGGAUUUUAGUCCCAGUCCAGGGUACAAUUUUCAUUUGCCAGCAACUACUCUGGAUGUUUUUAAUAAAUGUAGUGUAAUGAGUGUAUUUUCACAGCAAAAUAUAACAUCAUUCCCACAGAUUUCAAGUGUGGAAUAUUUGCAGUUGUGAAUGUACUGCUGAAGUAUAUCUACAAAAUGAUGAAUGUGUGAAGACUUAUGUAGUCUCUCACAAACAGCUAUACUGGCUGUUUUUAACAUGCUAAUGUAAAUUAUCAUAUUCAAGAGGGAAAAAAAACAAUUUUUCUCAGAUCAAUGUUGGUUUAAUUUAUAAUUAUGAAUAUAUUGCAACUAUUUAAAAGCGAAUGGCAGUAACUGAAAUAUUUUACCUCACGCUUCUUUUUUAUCUUUGCCUGUACCAGGAUUCACUGACAAUAUGUCUCAAAGAAAUAACCUUGGGUGACAAAUGUUAAUAUGUCCUGAAAGGUUUUCCACAGUUUAAAUAUAGGGGCAUAUUACCAGCUGUCCUCCAUUUCUUCUAGUCAUAGAUCGUAAGGAAAUUAUUCUGUUUGAGGCAACCUGUGUUAUAAUAAUGUAAGUGACUUCCUUCAUGAAAUACAGUAAAAAUUCUGAUGUUUACUGAUAAUAAACUGUGUAUUGUAUCCUACAUUAUAAUUAUUGACAAUUUAAGACAUUAUUAACAAUUUUUAUUAUAUAUAUUUUUAAAAAUGUUGCUAUUGUUGAGUACUAAAUCUUUUUUCUGUGGCUUAGAUACUGGACUAUGUGCAUUCAGUGGAGAUUAAUGAAUACUAGCCACACACAUGCAGCCCUCAGAGCAGGCAAGGGUUUCAUGUUUCCAUUUAACUCUGUUGUGUACAUUAUGAAAGUUGGAAAUGUUUUUCCAGAAUUUUAUAUGUCUCUCAAACUGCUUUCAAAAUACAAUUAGAUUAAUUUACUUAAAGGGAAGAGUGCAAUACGUGAACAUGGCAGAGUAUAAAGAAACAAAGGUGGCACAGAUGCAGUUUAUUUUAUACAGAAAUUAAUUUGGCAACCUGCAGUAAAUUUGUUCCUUUGUUCAGCACAAUAAACUAAAAACUACACACCGGAUCUGAACUAACUGCUUCAAUGACAUUUUUAAACUUGAAAAUAGAAGUAAAUGCAUUUAUAAGCUGGGUGAGUUUCUUCGAAUAAUAAAAAUAACAACAACAAUGAUGACUAACACAGAUGUUUUUUCUCUAAACAUUAAUCUCACACUGCAUGCACAUUAUCUGAUGUCUACAACCAUGGCAUAUGUACUCAAAGAGAUUGAGUUCUUUUCAAGAAAAUGCUUAUUAUUUGUGUAAAUAUUAUGUACAAGAUCCUUCUAGAAAGAGUACAAGCAAAAACCAAAUGUACUGCUCAGAAAUGUGGCAAGUUCAAAACUAACAUAGACUGGAUGACUAUACUGUAUUCUGUAGUUGCUUGAAGUUAAAGAAUUGCGAUAUGCUGUAUAUGUAUCCUUAAUAAUGUAAUGAAAAUUAGAGGGAGUCAAAUAGAUUAACUUGUCCUUCAUUUUAAAAGCAAUCUUUUGCAUCAGUGUCAGUGUGUACCUUUGUUUUUAUGCCUAUAUAAAAU